AGAAACAAGGCGAAUAAUCUUCUCAGGGGGUGUUUAAAACCUGCCCCAAACGCAUUCCACCGUCAGAGGGAAAAAAGUUUGCAUUCUCUGGAGGCCACGGUCACCGUUAUUACACAGGAUUAGCAUUCAUACCUAAAGUUGAACCUGCGUUUCUCCUCUUGCACAGCCGGAGUGGCUAAAGGGCAGCAUUUCAGAUCAUAUCUCAGAUUUCACUCAGACAAGCUGGGAAGGAUUGAGAGAGGGCUUGUUUCUAUUCCUUUCGGUCUCUGUUCUCGAAGAGCAAACGAGGGAGGGAGGGCGAUAGAGUGAGGCAGUGAGACGGACGGAGCUCCAAAGGAAUUUGGAAGAAUAACCCGAAGAUACGCGUGUUUGAAGCGAAGCGGAGGUGAGGGAGACGAAGGCUGAGAUGGACGAGCAGCCCCGGUUGAUGCACUCUCACGCUGGAGUAGGGAUGGCGGGACACCCCGGCCUGUCACAGCAUAUGCAGGAUGGCACAGGAGGAACAGACGGUGAAGGAAGAAAGCAGGACAUUGGAGACAUUUUACAGCAAAUAAUGACCAUUACAGACCAAAGUCUGGACGAAGCGCAGGCCAGGAAGCACGCGUUGAAUUGCCAUAGAAUGAAACCUGCUCUCUUCAACGUCUUGUGUGAAAUUAAAGAAAAAACAGUGCUGAGUAUCCGUGGUGCCCAGGAGGAGGAGCCCCCGGACGCCCAGCUGAUGCGGCUGGACAACAUGCUGCUAGCAGAGGGCGUGUCCGGCCCAGAGAAGGGGGGUGGUUCAGCAGCUGCCGCCGCCGCUGCUGCCGCCUCUGGUGGGGCCAACACCGACAACUCAGCUGAGCACUCUGACUACAGAGCCAAGUUGUCCCAGAUCAGGCAGAUCUACCACACCGAGCUAGAGAAAUAUGAGCAGAUGGUUUCCGAGUGCAGACGGAGGGGCAGUCAGAGUUACACAGGGAGUCAUGGCAGCGGACACCAGGCAUGCAAUGAGUUCACCACUCACGUGAUGAACCUGCUGCGGGAGCAGAGUCGGACGCGCCCCAUCUCGCCCAAGGAGAUUGAGCGCAUGGUGGGCAUCAUCCACCGCAAGUUCAGCUCCAUCCAGAUGCAGCUCAAGCAGAGCACCUGUGAAGCUGUCAUGAUCCUGCGCUCACGCUUCCUGGAUGCCAGGCGAAAGAGAAGAAACUUCAACAAGCAGGCGACAGAAAUUCUCAACGAGUACUUCUACUCGCACCUCAGUAACCCAUACCCCAGUGAGGAGGCUAAAGAGGAGCUGGCCAAGAAGUGCUCCAUUACUGUGUCACAGGUGUCCAAUUGGUUUGGAAACAAAAGAAUCCGGUACAAGAAAAACAUUGGAAAAUUCCAGGAAGAAGCCAACAUGUAUGCAGCCAAAACAGCUGUCAACGCAGCGAGUGUAUCCACGCACGGAAGUCAAGCGAACUCACCUUCCACUCCAAACUCUGCCGGUUCUGCUGGUUCUUUUAAUAUGUCAAAUUCCGGAGACUUGUUCAUGAGCGUGCAGUCACUCAAUGGGGACUCCUACCAAGGGGCCCAGGUUGGAGCCAACGUGCAGUCACAGGUGGAUACCCUUCGCCAUGUUAUCAGUCAGACAGGAGGAUACAGUGACGGACUCACAGCCAGCCAGAUGUACAGUCCACAGGGCAUCAAUGCAAAUGGCGGCUGGCAGGAUGCUGCAACCCCCUCAUCAGUGACCUCGCCCACAGAAGGACCUGGAAGCGUUCACUCUGACACCUCCAACUGAUCCUGCCACCAUGCUGACAAAACAAACAAAACUGCCUCAGUCUCCGCAGCCUCCACCAUCCAGACCGGAGGGCAAUCCACCAAUAACAAAAUGGGUUUUUCCUCUGUUUUGGGGUUGCUGUAGAUGGGCAGAAAAAUACAAUAUCAUCAAUACUGACAGUUAUUCAUGGUUGUUGUCUUGUCUCUUGGUCAAAACCCUGUCCUCUAUGGGGGGUUAUUUAGAAUCGCACAGAGGAAUUUCACAAUAACCACAGCAACAGCAACAACAGCAAAAAUGCUUGUACAGUUUUCACAGUUUAUCCAGAGGUCUGUGGUUACCUCACUGUAAUAUUUCACUCAAAUUGAAUAAAAAGGUAAAAUAAUCCAAACAACAAGCAACCCUUUUCUUUAGAUUAAAAUGCUUUCACUCUACCUCUCAGCAAAAAAAAAAAAAAAAAAAAAUCAAAAACAAGCUUUGUUUUCUAUAUUUUUGUUACUACUAGCAGGUAGCGCCUGACUACUCUCAUCAUUCUAUAUCUCAAAGGACACUCUCUUGUCUUCAUCUUGUAUUAACUCCAGAUAUAUCUGUUGGCCCUUUUUAUUUUCAGCUUCAGGUGCCUUCUUUUGCAUAUUAAAGUACUGACCAUGUUGAUCCCUAGAGCAGAAAAAGGUAGUAGAAAACAUCAAUUGUACAUUUUGCAUGGAUCUUACUAUAGCAGUGGCAAGUCUCAGUACAUACCUGAACAGAAUCAGAGGAACUGCAGAGUAACAAACCCCACUAGGGAACAUGAGACCCCAAAGCAAAUUGGUGAACUCAAGUCAUUUACAUCGGCUUUGCUCACAGGUUCUAGACUUGUGAACAUGUGUCAAAUCUGCAAGUUAAAUGUUUUGCACAGAUUCCAAUCAGCAUAGUGGGUAAGAUUUUAGAUUGCUGAAAAUGGAGUACAGUAUAGUUCCACUUGCAAAGAUACAAUGUACAGUUCCUGUGUGUUAUGAAAUACGACAGUUCAUUUUGAUGCAUUUCUCCCUGGUAGUUGGUUUACACUGAUUUAAAGUGGCCUGUACAAAAAGAUAACAGAAAUGUACAAGACAAUGUGUGGUAUAUUCAUUUGCUGCUCAGGCUCUUCAAUAUUUUUUUUUUAUUUUGUAAAAUAUUGGAAAGAUCAGUGAAAUAUCGUAGAGAUCCUUCCAUCUAAUAACUCAAAGCCAGCUUAACAAUGAAUUAUGUUGUCAUAUUUUGAUCACAUUGUAGCUCCAAUGUGUCCUCAGUCCAGUGUCGUUUGAAAGUUCUUUGAUGUCUGUUCCUAAUCAUGUGACUUUGUAUUUUUUUGGGCUGCCACCAAGUGAAAGCAAACACAUGUAUUCCUGAAUUGUGCAUUGGUUAUCUUUCAUGCAGAAUUACUUCAGCUUCUGUUUCUGUCUCAACAGAGAUUGUAUUUGGCAUAGCAAUUAUUCACCUAAUAACUACAUUCGCUAAUCACAGGGAUAUGUGUGUGUUUAGCUCUACUCGUCCAUUUAAGACAAAUGAGGCUCAGAUAAACAAGGUAAAUGAAUCCUAAAUUUGAGUGAGUAGGAAUCUCAUCUACUCUGUUUUGACUGCUCUAUUAGUCAUACAAUUCUUAUGCAGUAUUACAAAGGGAAGCAUUUUGUAUGCAUAUGACCAUUCGUACGACCACCUUACACCAGACAUCCUGUAUAGCCAAAUGCUGCUGUCAACCAAAACAGUUAUCUAAGUGGGAAAAAAUGUUUUUUAUGCUGAUUUUUACAAAAUGCUAACAAUGAUGUUGUCAUUUAGUUACACUGCUUGUUUUGUGUUGUUGCAACCUUAUCUAUGUGUGUCCGUCACUGUCAGUGCUGGUGCUACAAACUAACUGAAAAUCAGAUGAACUGUAUUUUUUACUCGUGGAUACUGUCAGCAAAUCUCAUGAUUUUUUUUUUUCCCCAUGGCAGUGCAUUAUGUCUUAGAAGAAUGAUCUUAAACAUGGAAGUGAUUACGCUUUGUAGAUUAAGAGAUUUCUACAGUCACCUCUAGCCUGAUAAGGUAACAAAUGGGCAGAACCAUCAUGCAAUUAUUGUGAAAUGUCUUUUUGUUUUUCAAGCAGAAAUAAGCCACUCUCUCUUGUUGACAAGGGAUUCUGAUUCAUCGACACAUUUUAGUGCCAUUGAAUAAAUCUCCAAGUUUCAGCCUGCAAUAAACCAUUCCCAAGCAAU